AGAGAGUUAGAUAAAAACUUUUUGGUGACAAGAAAACUAGCUUGAAAUUGAGAUUUCUCGGAUGUAAAUAAAGGCGAUAUUUUAUUAUAAGUUAUAUUUAUGCGACAAUGGAGGAAGGAAAUUCAAUUAUUUAUGGGCUAGAACAUCAGACUAGAGCAUUAUCCCCGCAGUACGGAGAGAGUGACGCUAUACGAUUUCUGAUCGGUACACAGAGCUUGAAGCCCAACUCUAAUCAGAUUCAUGUGGUUGAGCUGGAAGAAGACACAGGCGCUUUACAUACAAAGGUAUUUAAGCAUGACAUCGGUGAGGUUUGGCAUCUACGCUGUUCCCCACAUGAUGCAGCCACUCUGCUCACCACUCACAACUCGUAUGACCCAAACACCUCACAGUGUACGAUGGGAGUCACGAUAUACAAGCUGCCUACAGUUGAAGUAAUCCCUAAAGACUUGGAUGACUUGAGUGCAAUACAGAGCAGGAAUGCAGAAGACAUGGAGCUGCUCACAACUAUAAAACCCGAGGGUGAAGAAGAAAUCCGUUGCGCUGAAUGGCACCCGACGGACGCGUCCCGCGUGGGCGUGGUGUGCGCGGGCGGCGUCCGCGUGUAUGACGUCACGGGGGGGGAGCUGGGCCGCGUGUCCGCCGCGCCCAGGCUCAAGCUGGCUGCCGGCAAGUGGAACCCGCAUCAGGGAAACUCGCAGUUUGCAGUGCUACAAGACAUGCACAUAAAGUGCUACGACACUCGCACGGACUGCACCAAGCCCUCGUGGAACAUCGACAACGCGCACACUCAGCUCGCUAGAGAUCUAGACUUUAAUCCUAACAGGCAGUUUCACGUGGCCAGCGCGGGCGAUGACGCGGCUCUCAAGAUCUGGGACUACAGGAAUGGAAAGGAGCCUAUUUUUAAUAGAACGGACCAUUCGCACUGGGUGUGGACAGUCCGUUACAACACGUAUCACGAGCAGCUGCUACUGACCGGCAGCUCGGAUGCGCGCGCGCUGCUCACCGCCGCCGCCAGCAUCUGCGUCGACAACGACGACGACGGGAAGAGACUCACGCAGGUAUUGGAAGAUGGAGUCCUGCAGUCAUAUGAACAGCACGAAGACUCCGUAUACUGCGCAGAGUGGAGCGCGGCGGAGCCCUGGACCUUCGCCUCGCUCAGCUACGACGCGCGACUUGUACUCUCCCGAGUACCUAGACAUUUCAAAUACAAGAUAUUGCUGUGAGGUUAAUAUGAUAAUAAGGUUGAUUUAUAUGUGUAAAUAUAUUUAUAAUGAAUGAUUUUUCUUGAUAAAUAGCAAACGUAAUGUAUGGUAUGGCUUUUAAAAUUUAAAUAUAGUAUCUGAAUAUAG